GCGAAUGAUGGCUUUUGUAUGAACGGUAGCAGGGAACCGGGAAGUAAAGAUGUUGAGGCAGCCCGCUGCCUGGAGUAGUUUGAUGAUAAAACACAAAUGGGUGACGUUGGUAGCAACACUAGGAAACGAAUGGUGGAAAAGUUUUGGUUAUGAGACCAAUUGCCAGCGAGAAUGGGCCAGACUUUCAAAGUCCGUUACAUGGCAGCAUUACGUUGUAACACAUUCUAUUGUGCUACAACUUCUCGCUGCGUGCAGAACCUUCGAAAUUUCCGGCUCGAGUUAGAAAAUGAUUUUCUGUAAAGUUGCUCGGCAGCCAUUUCUCCCCCAACUGAAGUUGGUCUCUUGCCCCAGUUGGACAGUCCCAAUGCAGGACGUGCGAUUUGUCAGUUUCACAUGGCAGUGUCGUUGACGUCAGGAGAGAAAUUGCAAGUGAGAGCAGUGAGCCCCGGCGAGCGCUGGCUGCACUAGCGGGCUGGAGUGAGAGGCGGGGGAGAUAGCUCGGCUCUACCGGCCUGGCCCAGCCCAGCCCAGCUCAGCCCAGCCCAACUUCGCUCGGUCCAGAUCCGGCGGGGCACGCAGCUCCCACGGGAGAGUCAGCCCGCACGCACCAGCGAGGAGCGGGGCAAGCAACCUACUUUCACUGUAUCUCUGCACCGCAUUUUAGAUUGGAAUCUGGAUCGUGUGAGUGGGCAGUAUGAAAACACUUUCGGCUGCUUCAUUCAUCCUUCUCUCAUCAAUUAAUUAUGGAUAUUCACAGAAUUCGAGCAAUCCUAUUUCAGACAGAGGCUGUGGAUUAAACCUCCUUCCACACUAUCUGAACCUGUGCAGCCUGGAUGUAAUAUGGGGCAUAGUCGUGGAGGCGGUGGCAGGUGCCGGGGUACUGACUGCAUUCUUAUUGAUGCUGAUUCUUCUGGUGAAGUUGCCAUUCAUUAAAGACAAAGAAAAGAAGAGUCCUCUGGGAAUCCAGUUCCUGUUCUUGUUUGGCACACUUGGGCUGUUUGGACUGUCAUUUGCAUUUAUCAUACCAGAAGACGAAAAAACAUGCCCUACAAGAAGAUUCUUAUGGGGAGUUUUGUUUGCACUCUGCUUUUCAUGCUUAUUAGCACAGGCAUGGAGACUCCGUCAGCUGGUACAGCAUGGCAAAGGCCCUUCUGGAUUGCUAUUGGCCGGCAUUGCAGUCUGCCUCAUGCUAGUUCAAGUUAUUAUUGCAGUUGAGUGGUUGAUCAUAACCAUUGUCAGAGAACAAAAACCUGCUUGCAAAUAUGAGCAGAUGGACUUUGUCAUGGCAUCCAUUUAUGUUAUGUUCCUGAUGGCUGUUACCUUCUCCCUUUCCUUCUUCACCUUAUGUGGAAAAUUCAAGAAAUGGAAGAAGAAUGGAACCUGUAUUAUUCUAACUAUGUUCUUUUCCAUCUUGAUUUGGGUUGCAUGGAUUGUCAUGUACCUCUAUGGCAACAGGGAACUGAAAAAACAACCUCUGUGGGAUGAUCCUGCUCUCUCCAUUGCACUUGUUUCUAAUGGGUGGAUAUUUCUCAUUUUUCAUGCUAUCCCGGAAGUCCAUUGCUCAAUUAUUCCAUCAAAACAAAACACACCAGAUUAUUUUGAUGCAGUUCAGCCAAGAAUACGUGAGACUAACUUUGAAGAAGAAUUGCAACUUCCACGUACUUACAUGGAAAAUAAGGCUUUCUCCUUAGAUGAAUCUGGAGCAGCCUUUAAAUCUGGAUUUCGCAAUGGGAGUCUGGGACAUAGACCCAACAUUCAACUUCGGAGUAAUGUUUACCAACCCACUGAAAUGGCAGUUGUACUUAAUGGUGGAAAUAUCCCAUCUGCUCCUCCAAGCUAUGCAGGAAGACAUCUUUGGUGAAGGCAAAACUGUUUGAGCUGUAAGCAAAUUCCAGCUGUUCAAAUGGACAAAAAUCAGUACAAGUGGAAGCUUGUGGUAGUGAAACCAGUAGAAGCUGUUUGAAGCCCAGUUAAAUGGGAAGAUAUUCAAAACUGAUUUUUUUUAAUAGGGAUGUACAGUGAAGCUUGUAGGGUGUACAUAUGAAGUACUUUUUCUUUUAAAGGUGCGAGUCUUUAAAUGAUACUGAAGAAAACAUUUGUGGCUCUGGAGCAUUUUUGUGUUAUGUAAAUAUAGAGUGCAUUACAUUUAAUAAAUUAUGGCAGUGUGUAACUUUCAA